AUGCUGUUGGAAAUAGCUAAUGCUGUCUGGAAGGAAGCAAAGAUGAAUGUGGUUCUUGUCUAUGGGGAUAUUCAUUCUGUGGAGGGUUUACGAAUAAUCUUCGAAUACUGCGAAUUUGAUCUUAAGCUUCCAUUGGAGAGAGUGUGGCUCAUAACUGCUCAGUGGGAUUGCACAACUCUUUCUUCAUGGAAUAAAUUCACAGGGAAAUCCUUAAAUGGUUCUUUGUCAUUCACACUUCACAGAAAAGUGGUUCCAGGAUUUCAGGACUUUCUUGAGAACAUAACGCCAUACCAGUCUAUGAUAUAUUUCAUCCAUCAGUUCUGGAUGUUUGCAUUUUUCUGUUCACUCCCAAAGCAUGGCUUAUAUGUUCCAAAUCAUGACAACUGCACUGGGGAGGAGAAACUGGGGAGCCUCCCUGAAUCUGUGCUUGAAAUGGGCAUGUCUGGGCAGAGCUAUAACAUCUACAAUGCUGUUUAUGCUGUAGCACAUGCUCUCCAUACUAUUUAUUCUUCGAAAACUAAACAGAAGGAAAUUGAGAAACUCGGGGGAAAGAGUCUUCUGUUACGGCCUCUUCAUGCUUUUCUGAGCAAUAUCCAUUUCAACAAUAGUGCUGGGGAAGAAAUCUUUUUUGAUGAGGAAGGGAGCCUGCCAUCAGGAUACGAUAUCAUCAACUUGGUCACAUUCCCCAAUGACACCUUCCAGAAAGUCCAAAAUGGAAGGAUGGAUCCCCUCGCUCGUGAAGGAAAAUGGUUCACCAUGGAUGGAAAUGCAGACCAGUGUGAGAUGUGCCCAGAAGAUCAAUGUCCAAAUGAGAAACAGGAUCAAUGCAUCCCCAAAAGAAUAACUUAUUUAUCCUAUGGAGAACCAUUGGGAGCGGUUUUGAUUUCUUUUGCUCUUUUCUUUUCCCUGAUCACCUUUGCUGUGAUUGGGAUCUUUGUUCAGCUCCGCAAAACUCCCAUUGUGAAAGCCAAUAACUGGAGCAUUACCUGUACGCUACUCUUCUCUCUGCUGCUUUGCUUUCUCUGCUCCUUCCUAUUCAUUGGUCAGCCUAGGAAGGUGACCUGCCUCCUCAGACAAACCGUGUUUGGCAUCACGUUUACUGUUGCUCUUUCUUCUGUGUUGGCCAAAACCAUCACUGUCGUUCUGGCCUUCCUGGCCACCAAGCCGGGAAACAGGUUGAGGAGAUGGAUAGGGAAGAGGCUGGCAGUAUCAGUCAUCAUUCUCUGUUCACUUAUUCAAACUGGAAUCUGUGCUGUGUGGCUGGCAAACACUCCCCCUUUCCCAGAGUUUGACAUGCACUCUCAGAUCAGUGAGAUCAUUGUGCAAUGCAAUGAAGGCUCAAACACCAUGUUCUACAUCGUCCUGGGCUACAUGGGUUUUCUGGCCACCAUCAGCUUCACUGUGGCCUUCCAUGCUAGAAAGUUACCAGAUAGCUUUAAUGAAGCCAAGCUGAUCACCUUCAGCAUGCUGGUCUUUUGCAGUGUUUGGAUAACCUUUGUCCCAAGCUACUUGAGCACCAAGGGAAAAUACAUGGUGGCAGUGGAGGUCUUCUCCAUCAUGGCCUCUGGUGGUGGACUGUUGAGUUGUAUCUUCCUCCCCAAAUGCUACAUUAUUAUUCUUAGACCUGAUCUGAACACCAGAGAGCAACUGGUUAAGAAACGAUAUUGAGACACUGGACUCUUUCUGCCUUUUCUAGUUCUUCAACACCAUGUCUCUCAUCAUUAUAUUCCCAUAUUAGUAGUGAAGGAAGACGUAGAUUAGAUAAUACAGUCAACAUGGGUGGUAUCAGUGACUAAGUCUGGGUGGUAUUGAGACAAUGGGGGGAACUGUGGAAGAGCUGCUUGAACAAUGAGCCAUAUUGAACAGCUCUGGCACUGCUUUGAAGGACACAUCAGCCCGGCAGCACCAUGUGCCCAGAAUGCAGCACUGGAUGUCAGCCAGCCUACAGUGUGGGCCACAGACUAAUAGUUCUCUCAAAGAAGGGAGAUAACUGUAGACAGGCUUAUACUUAAGGUUAGGUGAAAAAAGAAUGACUGACAACCAGACUAACACAGUGUGUGGCCAUCAAAUGAAGCUCGUGUGUUUGACAUGCAUUCCACAUUCAUCCAGAUCAUGGUGCAGUGCAAUGAAGGGUCUGUUACAUGGGUUUUCUGGCCAUCAUCAGCUUCACUGUGGCCUCCCUUGCUAGAAUGUUACUGAUGGAUUUAAAUUUAUUUAUUUAUUUGUUUGUUUGUUUGUUUGUUUGUUUAUUUAGUAUUUAACGUAUUUUUAU